GUCACUUUUCCAGCAGGCGCCAAGGGAACUGAAAGAUUCAAGAUGUCACUUCCACCGUCCUGGCGACAAUUCCAGUUGUUUGACUUUGUUCCAAUCAAGGAUCCCAACUACGGGUCGAGUGACCCGUUGUAUUCGGAUCCCUCGUUAUCGUGUAUUACCGCCAGUGUUUCUUAUUUGAUUGUAUGCACAAAUCUGUCACUAAUCAAGAUAAUACUGAAGGAUUUUACUUUGUUGAAAGAGUUCUAUGCUCAUGAUGUCAAUUACUCCAUUAGUUUUGCUGCAUGCUUGCCCAAUUCCAACUUAUUGGUCACGUUGGCAGAAUAUCAAAACUCUCCCAGUGUUUUGAAAUUAUGGGAUCUUAAUAAGAUCAUGAAAUUUUCUAAGGACAAUAGCGACAAGUCGCUUGCCAUCAGCGACGACGAAUAUCAGCACAAGUAUCAUACCCAAGUUUUGAUUCAUAAUGGCGACAAUUCGUAUCCCAUUAGUUGUUUCAAAUUUAAUGAUUUGCUUACUUGCAUUGCAAUUGGAUUCACCAAUGGGAAAGUUAUUUUGGUAAGGGGUGACUUGAUCCGUGAUAGAGGUUCAAAACAAAGAGUGAUCUAUGAAUCAAAUGAUCCAGUUACUAGUGUGCAUUUCAAUGAUUCUCAAGAUUUACUUUAUAUAACAACCACCUCUAAAAUCUUAACAGUUUCAACCACGGGAAGAAACCAGGGGAAACCAAAUCGAAUCUUAUCCAAGAGUACUGGUGCUGACCUUAACUGUUCUCAUAUCGACCAUGAUACCCAAGAAUUAAUCAUUGCUACAAACGACUCAUUAAAGUUUUAUAAUCAUAUUCUGAAAACUAAUAUAAUAAACUUUGAGAUACCAAAGAAGAAAAUAUUCAAAUUUAUGAAAAAUUACUUAUUGAUCGUUUCGAAUUUUGAUGAAAUGAUAAAUAAUUCUAAAAAAUCAAUGACCAGACUCUUGAUAAUCGAUUUGUUUAAUAAACACAUAUCGUUUUCCCUCACGAUUCCCAAUAAUUCAAUUAAUCAUAUAUUUCAAUGGUCUGAGGACUUGUAUCUUUUAUCAAGUGAUGGUAGCUUAUUCAAAAUUCAUGAAAAAUCAAUCAAUCAACAAAUUGAAUUGAUUUUACAACGCGAGUUAUUCCCAAUUGCAACAAAGUUAGCUAAACAGUCCAACUUGGGCUCAAAGCUUUUAUUAAGAAUUGAAAAAUUACAUGCUGAGUUCUUAUAUGAUAAACAGAUUUUUGAAGAUUCAAUUAAUUGCUUCAUAAAUUGUUUAACCUUAUUCGAUUUAAAACAUUAUAAUCGUAAAGAUAUUGCUCACCAUUUACAAAAAGAUGAUGAUAAUAUAGAUGAUUUUAUAAUGGAUGUCAUAACAAAAUUUAAAGACCCAUCAAACAUUACUAAUUUGACAAAUUUCUUAUUCAAAUUAUAUGAAUUGAAAUUGUCAAAUAAUGAUCAUAUUACUUUAUUAUUAUGUUGUUAUUGUAAAUUAAAAAUGAUAGAUGAACUAGAUAAGUUUGUCGAAGAUUUGGAUUUUGAGGAAACUUCUGAUAAUGACUCAAAUAUUAUCAAUUAUAAUUUACAUGAAUUAAAUUUUCAAUUGGUUAUAAAUCUAUUUAAAGAAUGUGGUUAUUUCAAACAAGUUAUUAAAUUAUUGGAUAAGUUAAAUCAACCGAAUUUAAUAGUGGAAAUCCAACUUAAUGAUUUGAAUCAACCUCAACAAGUCCUUAAUUAUUUGAAGACACUAUCAAUUGAUGACUUAUUAUUGAUUCUAAUCGAUCAUUCUAAGAAUUUGUUAGAUGUUUUACCUAUCGAGACAACUGAAUUAUUGAUUAAUGUUUUCACUGGUGCUUAUAAGCCAAAUAAAUCUAGCGAUGGCCCCGCGAUGGAUAUCGAUUCUAGUUCUAAUCAAGCACCCUCGAAUGAUCAAAAUAUUGCUCUUAAUUCUUACCAAGCAUUCUUGUCAUAUAUUACUCCAGAAAAUGGACACACAUUAAAUGGAACCUCAAACGGAACUUCAAACGGAACUUCAAACGGAACUUCAAACGGAGCUUCAAAUGGCACUUCCCAUUCACCAGAAACAACAGAACCCACUUAUUUGCCCCCAAAACCAAAAUUGAUUUUUUCAAGUUUCAUCAACAAUCCUAAAGAGUUUGUUAUAUUUCUUGAAGCUUGUAUUGAGACUUUCGAUAAAUAUCAAGGAAAUAUUAACGAUAAAAAAGAUUUGUUAAUCACUUUGUUUGAAAUGUACUUAUCCUUGUCUUCAUCACUGGCGGAUGAGAAGGAAAAAGAUGAGUGGUUAAGUAAGGCACAAAGAUUAAUCAAGGACUUUUCAUCGUUUUUGGACCGUAAAAAUUUACUUCUUAUUUCACAUAUUUAUAAUUUCACUGAAGGGGAAAUUUUUUCAAAAGAAGGAAGUGAAAAUUUUGAAGAAGGGUUAUUUAGAACUGCAACUAUAUCGCAAAACAUCCCUCAAUGCUUUGAAAUUUUGGAAAAGUAUGGAAGACAAAAUCCUCAUUUAUAUAAAUUAAUGCUCAAAUUCAUUAUUUCGAAAGAAUCAAUCUUUGAACAAGUUUCUGAACUUGAAUUCAAAAAUAUUAUUGAAAAACUUCGAAGCUUAAAAUUAAUCACUCCAUUAGAAUUGAUCACUAUGUUAAGUGAUUAUGAAUUUAUCACAAUAGGAUUAAUUAAAGAUUAUUUGAUUGACUAUAUUGAUGUGCAGAAUAAAGAAGUUUCGAAUAAUAUGAAGUUAAUUCAAUCGUACGAGCUAGAGUCUACGAAGAAUUCCCAUAAAUUGACAGAAUUAGAACGUAAACCAUUCAUUAUUCAAAAUAAUAAGUGUUCACAUUGCCAUUUAAGGUUGGAUUUCCCUUUAAUUCAUUUCAAAUGUAAACACUCAUAUCACCAAAGGUGUCUCAAUGAGAACAAUUAUUUGAGUGAAGCAGCAUCAAAUGGUUAUGGAUCACUCACCGCCAGUGAAAAUUUUGCUUUGAAAAGAUGUCCAAUUUGUAUUGGAGAACUAGAUUCAAGUCAAACAUUGAGAAUGAAUCAAUUAUCAAUUAAAGAAAAGUAUGAUCUCUUUGAAAGCCAAUUGGAUGAGAGUGACGAUCGUUUCAGAGUGGUAAGUGAUUACUUAGGUAAAGGAGUGAUGGAAAAUGAGUCGGUUACCAUAGAGUAGAAUUUGCAACAAUUAUUUGUCUGCGAAACAAAAAAAAAAAGAAAAAAAAAACUGAAACAUUUUUAAGACCAUGUCUAUACUUAUUAAAAAUUGCAUAUCUUAUAAUAUAUAUAUAUAUAUCCGUAUAACAACACUG